AUGGAAGCUCGAUAUCACAUACAGAACUUUACCGACGGAUCAGCGACCGAACCUCACUGGGGAUAUGCCGACCGGAUCGUACCCUGUACGAACGAUGCUGGGUCAUGCGAGUACCUGGACGUGGUAUAUCACUCACACGAUCUGGGUAUGCUCUAUUCCGGUAUUUUGUGGUCAGCCAUCAUUGGUGGUUUGUUAUUGUGGGGUAUAAUACAUCGAAGUCACACUUCCAAUCGAAUCACACGGACGAUCAAUACCUUCAUUCGUAAGAGGUUAUUACCCGAUAUCAAAUUUGGAUUUGGACGAUAUUUCUUUGGUAGAACUACGAGAUUACAAGUUCUAGUCUUAGCUUGUCUGACAGUUUAUCUCACGAUAUUCUCGUUUGUUGGAAUAAGGUAUAAGAUAUGGAAAACUCCUGUGAAGAAUUAUCCGGAUUUACACAAUACUCGAUCAAGUAUUGGACCAUUCGCGGACCGUGUCGGUAUACUGGCCUAUGCUCUUACACCCUUAUCGAUCUUACUGGGAUCAAGGGAAUCCUUACUUUCAUUAGUGACUGGUGUUCCAUACCAACAAUUCAACUUCCUUCAUCGGUGGUUAGGUCAUAUAAUCUUACUUCAAUCUAUCGUCCACACGAUCUUCUGGUCAAUUGUCGAGAUUAAACUAUACCAACCUCAACCAUCCACAGCUAAAUCAUGGAUAACUCAGACAUACAUGAUAUGGGGUGUAGUAGCGAUGAUCCUCUUAUUGCUCUUAUGGGGUUUAUCAUUAGAAUGGUCAAGAAGGAAAUUCGGAUAUGAAUUCUUCAGAAAAGCACAUUAUGUCCUUGCGAUGCUUUAUAUAGGAGCAUGUUGGGGUCAUUGGGAAAAACUGAAAUGUUUCAUGAUUCCCUCCCUAGUCCUAUGGUUAUUAGACCGAUCGAUUAGGUUCAUUAGAACUUUCCUAAUUCAUUAUAAGAUCUUAUCAAAUGGGAAAGGGUUAUUCGAAACUAUUCAAGCGGAGAUCAAGCAUUGCGAUGAUGAAGAUGUGAUAAGGAUGGAAUUCGAUAAUCCGAAUCAACUAGAUUUCGAUAUUGGUCAACAUUUUUAUAUAUCCUUCACCGAUGCCAAAAGAGGUGUUUGGCAAUCUCAUCCGUUCACUCCAUUGAGUUUACCAGGAGAUAAACAUGUAUAUUUGAUUAGAGCGAAGAAAGGAGAAACUAGGAGAAUUAUGGGAUUAGAUACGUCGACUACCCCCAUCAUCCUUACUGGUCCGUACGGAGUGGAUAUCAUGAGAGAUUUAGGGAAUGAAGAUAAUGUUCUGUGUGUAGCUGGAGGAACAGGUAUAACGUUUGUUCUACCUGUUUUAUUACACCUUUCGAAGUAUGGUUUGACACAGGGUCGAAUGAUAGAGUUGAUUUGGGUGGUCAGACAUCAGAGGGAUACGAGAUGGAUCGAAAAUGAAUUGGAAGAAUUGAGGAAAGAUGGAAAUAUCAAAGUAACAAUUAAAGUGACCAGAGAAAUCGCCAUACCCUCUUCUUCCACUGGUACAGGUACUUCUACACCUACUGCUGGAAGCGUUUCAUCGAAAGAUCUAGAUGGAUUGCAGCAGAAUCAAGAAGAUGGUAAUGGUGCUAUGUUAUCUGUAUCGUAUGAUAAGGAACUUUAUGCGGAAUGUCCUUGUAAUCCACCCGUCUACACUUCUUCCUCCUCGUCUUCAACUACACCGCAACUUUUAGAUCGAACUCAGGGCAAGAGCGGUAAAAUUGUAGAUGCUGAGAAAGCCAUAGAAGAAGGUAUCGAACCUCAUCAUCGACCGGAUCUCCGAAAAGCCGUGAAGGAGUUUGUGGGAAGAACAAUCAAUGGACCUACUGUGGUGUAUGUUAGUGGUCCAGGAGGGAUGAUUAGUGAUGUUAGGGAUGAAGUUGCGUUGUGUAAUGAUGCAGGCAGGCUAUGGGAUGGUGAAGAACGAGCAGAGGUCAGGUUGAUAUAUGAUGACAGAUUAGAAUAG